GGGGAGUUGGUGCAGAUCGGGUGCGACGGUGCUGCUAGUUUAGCAGUUUUCACCCUCUGGAGUAAAAGCGCAAGCGCUAAUGUCCUUUCCCGAAGCUCGGUACUACACGCCAGUAAUCCGUGGAAUGCCAAGGUAGAAGGAGCUAUUUUUUCGAAGAGACGCAGCAGAGACGCAGCUCCGAAUAGCUUAAGAAUCGAUGGUCGAUCGAAGAAAGGAGAUUGCCGUUGAAAGCAAGAACAGAGACGAAGAUCGAACAGGAUGAAGACGUGGCGCGUCCAAGUAUCGACUUCGUAUGGACCAACCAGUUACAUGGAACGAUCGAAGCAAAACUCGCUUAGAUCGGUUUAAUGUUUUUGCAGAUAAUACAAAUGUCGAUUUUCGUAUCGCAUUCUUUUGAGGAUCUGGGCUAGGAGAGAAAGCGAAAUAAGAUUUUGUGUCAUAACGGUCAUAAACGUAUUGUGAUCCGUUUGACUUUCCUCCUCACCGAUACUCGACUCGGUUUGUUGGAUGAAUAGAAUAGAAGAGAAAAGUAGGGAAUAAAGGAAAAGGAAGCGCCGGGAAAUAAGUAUCGAAAUAAGGCGAACGGGCGGAAAGACGGACGUAUAAUAGGACAGAAGAAGUGAUUAAGAGAAAGUACUGAAGGAGUGAAGAAGAAAACCGUUGGCGGAGAGGUGAGAAAAGUGGGCGGCAUUACCAAGAUCAAAUAAAAGAGCCUCGUGACGGAGGGGCUUCGUACGGCCCUGGCGCGACUGCGGCACUGCACCCCCACAGGGGGUUCUCUGCCAAAUACACCGAAUCCGCCUUCCACCCCGGAACAUAGAAAUCACGGAUGUCUGGUGGAUGGUCGCGGGUCGAACCGUAAAAACGGUGGCAGCUCAAGGGGUAGCGAUGGGACCGAUUCGGCAACAGCCGAGUCACAGCAGCAGUCGCAGUCGCAGUCGCAGUCGCAGCCGCAGUCGCAGUCACAAUCACAGUCGCAGUCGCAGUCGCAAACAUCGCGUGUUUCUAAUGCCAGCGCACAUCGUCACAAUGGAACGGAUAAUUCGCGCGAAACCGAUUUGUUGUCUCACGCUGCCUCCGCGUUACGAAGACUGCACUUUAAAUCCGCAGGCGGAAGUCGCAGUUGUCGCACCGUUCCAAAAGUGGUCGUUAUGGGUUCGAGCACCGCUUCCGAGACAACAAUCAACACUAGCACCGACAGCGCCAACACGAUGCUCACCAUGGUGACGACAACGGACGGAGAGCAACCGGACGACAGUUUCGAUUUGAUGGAUAUUCCAUCGGAGAUGUCACCACCGGCUACUACAUCGUCGACCGGUGGUCAGUCACCGGAGCCGAUUCUAUCGGCUGUAGCUGUAAUCUCCUCACCGCUGCCAGUCCACGCUUCGACCUCUUGUCCGAUCGAAUAUUCGACCCCGGACGAGAAGGGACUUAAAACUGGCGCGACUUUGAGAUCAGAACUUCCAAUCGAUUGUUUGGAUAUUCGAACAUCUAGUGUUUCGAAUCUUCUCGAUGAGACGGAGAUUCCUUCGGUCGAUGCAACGCCUAUUAUCAUCCACGGUACCGUCAACGAGGUCGGUAAGGUUUCCGUCUCCGGAAGAACCCCGCCUCUUCCAGAUCUCCGAGCGACCGAUUUUUUCAGCACACCAGUAAGGGGUUCGAUGGAUGCUGGUCAACCAGACCCGGAUGGUCUAAAUCCGUUGCUAACCUUGCUUGUUGGAAGAUCCCGUGGCGAAGAUGGGAAUCGGGAGAAUCGAAUAGUAAACAACAUCGGUGAGAAGAAAUACGGGGAGGGAAAACCGAAUGUGAAUGUUACGACGAACCCUCUGGACAUAUCGUUGAUAGGAACUUGCACCGAUCAAAGUAACAACGAUCAGUCGUCCGAUGGUCCUGGUAGAACAACCAGUGCCACGAGCAAACCUCGAGGAAAACCCGCCGAAUCGCAUCCCCUCGUUUCAACCAUUCAUUCAUGGGUCAGGCUCUUUUUCCCGUUUUGCGCAAUAGGAGGCAACGCGAGUGGAAAUAAGAGAUCGACGCAAGCGGCAACAAUCGUGGUGCAACAACCGUCGCUGUCAUUGGAUGGAUCAGCCGGAGCUGCAACAAUAUUGCUGCACCCAGAGUUGGACGUUAGACGUCGAGAGGAAAAUAUGAGACAAUUGUUGGAUGUGGCCAAUACCUUGACCUUGCAAGAAAUACACGACUUUGAGAUGAGGUACGGUAGUCCGCACCACAGUCGGUCUCAGUCGGUUAAGACUCCCGGAAGUCGUUCAUCGGGCAGACCAAACUAUCUGUGUCUUCCACAGCAGAGAUCAAGAGUCGCGAGCAUGCCAAAUACCGGCGUUGAAGAAGAGUAUUAUAGACUUCGACAUUUCAGUAUAACUGGUAAAGGAGUUGUAAAUCGAGGAGACUCGUUGAAAAGUCGGAGAUCUCGAUCAAACAAUAGCGUCGCUUCGAGUAACUCGAGCACGGAACAUUUAACAGCUUCGUAUCCUGGAUCGGCAAGAAAUUCUGCAGCGGGAUCGUUGGCGAGUUCCCGCGAAAGCAGCGCGUCUCAGGGACCAACACCGUAUCGCGUUCUAAUGCUGGGAGCUCCAGCCGUAGGAAAAAGUUCGCUGGUUUCUCAGUUUAUGACGUCGGAAUAUCUUCAUGCGUACGAUACAUCGAUUGACGAUGAAUCGGGAGAGAAAACCGUCAGCGUUCUUCUAGCUGGAGAAGAAUCCGAACUGACUUUUAUCGAUCACUCUAGCACUGAGAUGACGCCGGAAACCUGCAUCACUACGUACGAACCACAUGCUUAUUGCGUCGUCUAUUCAACGACCGAUCGGGCUUCGGUACGCGUGGCGGAAGAAGUUUUGCAAACACUUUGGCGCAGCGACUACGUGUCGGCUCGAGCGGUGAUCCUUGUUGGAAACAAAGUCGACCUCGUUCGCAGUCGAUUAGUCUCGACCGAAGAGGGGAAAUCUAUGGCUACAUCUUACGACUGUAAAUUUAUCGAAACAUCGGUCGGAAUCAAUCAUAAUGUCGACGAACUUCUCGUUGGCUUGCUUACGCAAAUUCGACUGAAGCUCGAGAACCCUGAAAGAACAAGGGACCUAUUUCGGAAGAGAUCGCGAAAGAAUCGUAGCAAAUCACCUUUAGGAUCUUGUUCUGAAAAUAAUUCACCGAAAAAAUAUCGCGGUAGUCGUACAAGUACCAGUUUAAAGGUACGAAAUUUAUUAGGUAAGGUAUGGGCAAGAGAUAGCAAGUCCAAGAGUUGUGAAAAUUUACAUGUUCUUUAAUCGUUUGGACGAAGAAAUGCGACACGACAUUCUAUUCCUACUCGAUCAGAACGUCACUAAAGUUGCUUUCAAUCUACAAUUUCUUCGUUUUUUACCUUGGUUUCUUCUCUUCUCAUUUCUUUAUCGUUCUCUUCUUCCUGGUAGUUGUUUUUAUCCCCUUUGCCUUCAUUCAUUAUUUUUCGAUCUUUAUUCCAUUUUUCUACAUAACUUCUCGAGCUUCGAUUGCUUUGGAUUUCGCAUCGCGGGGACCAGCAUUCAUCAGACCACUAGUCAAUUCUCUCGUUGUUUCCUAUUUUAUUCUAAUCGUAUUGGUGUUGUAAGUUUUAAUGGAAUCGGUUUAUUGAAUAAAAUACGGUCCAUCUAAAUACAUACACGAUCGAAUAGCUUGAAAAGCGUUUAUAAAGACGUUUUUGCGAAACUUUAACUACGUUUCGACAGUGGAGUGCGUGUCAAGGAGUCACGAAUAGAUCGAAACCUCGAGUAUAAAAUAAUUCGAACGAGUUUUCUCGGUUUUUCUCUAAUUCCUCUCUGAAACCAACUGUUUCAAUCUCGAAAUUAUAAAAAGCCGAAAGCAUUGUGUGUCACUUACAUAUUUCGAGCUCUUUAUUUUAGCUUGUUCACCUCUUCUCUCUCAAACUCUUCCUCUUACAUCAGUCUUUUUUUGUUGUGGUGCAAUCAGUUUUAUCGAUCUCUUUACUCUUCGCAUGUUUGAUAUACAUAUGUAUAUAUUACUCCCGUUCUACGAUCCAAACGCGAAAAAGUGAACCAAUGUUCUUAUGUUUUUCAAGCUCGCACGAUCGAUGCACAGCCAUAAUCACAUUAGGAUUAUUUUCUUCAAAUUUCACUACAUACCAGGAGUAAAAACACCAUUUACAUUAUAUAUCUCUACAUUAAUAUUAAAUCGACAAUAUACAUAUAUAUGUAUGUAAGCAGUUACUUCGUCUUUCGCAAUUCCACAACUUUCCUACAUUGGGUUUCGUCGUUACGUUAGUUGUCACGCAAAUGUUGAUUGAAUGGUUGAUUGGUUGAACGCAAUCGUGAACAAACAGUACAAAAGUUUGUCGCCUUACUUCGUUCGUCACUUAAAUGAUACAGAGAAUAAGAUAGAGAAGGAGCGAGGGAAAAAAUAAGGGCCGGAAGAAAAAUGAUAAAACUAAAAAAUGGAAAAAUAAAAGGUACACGUGCCGAUUUUUUAUCUCGCAAACCAACGUUGAAUUAUGUUUCUUAUUAAUCUGUUACGAUAUAUUAUGAAAAUUUAUAGAAUAACAAACGCGUUUUUUCUUGUUUGUUAAUCGCGAAGCGAAAAAAUUGUAACGAAUCGAGUUGUAUCGCUCGAGCAAACAGAUUAGUUUGCGUUUAAGUACAUACGAAGAGAAAGAAGGAUUUACUUAAUAGAAAAGAGACAGGGAAACAUAAAAAGGGGAAAAAAGACAAAAUCACACAUUUAGAGUACGAUAAGUGCAUAAAUACAAGUUCACAUGUGAGAUUUUGUUCGUUUACGAGAUUUUGCAGAUAUGACGGAUUUUUGGAAGACUGUCCGGUAAAUUGUAUUACUCUUUAAGUAUACAACCAAUUUUACCUUAGUCUGUAUUGUUACCUUAUAAUAACCUCCCGUCCAUCGACUAGAAAGAAAUUUCUACGAGCCAUGGCAAUCGUUUAAAUCGCCAUUACUGCAUGGAAUCGUAACGAACGUAUCGGACAUUUCGAGUACACGAAUGACCAUAAAUUAGUCGUUAAGAACCGCGCUACUUGUUUCCGCGAAAAGUUUCCAUUACUUUUCGUGCCGAAACGAACUGUAAUUGUACCGUGCUGUACCGCGCCGUACCAUGCCGUGCAUCGUACCAAAUUUUAACUUUUAACCUUUCAAAGCGCAUGUGCGAGACUGAUUUUCAUUCGAUUUCGAAUAUCGAACGAUACCGCUGACGAACGGGCGUUUCGUUUCCUUGAGAAAAUUGUUUGCGAAAUAAACUACAUGUUCCGAUAAGAACAAACGUCGUCGAUGCGCGCAUGCUCUUUUACUUGUACUUUUUUCUCUUUUUCGAGAAAAGAUCGUCCUCUGCUCUUCGCUAGGCCGUAUUAACAACGAGAGCAGCGACGUUAAACGACAAGGACAUGCAAAAGGAAAUUGAGAAUGAGAGGGCAAACUGUAAUCGAAAGGACCAAUUUGAUAAGAAAUAAGAUGUGCAAAGAAAAAUAAAAAGAAAACAUUAUGACUUUCAUGAGUAGACUACGAUGGGAUGAGAAUGGGGAUGAUGGGGAGCGUGCGAGCGAGAGAGAGAGAGAGAGAGAAAGAGAGAGAGAGCGAGCGAGAGAGAGAGAGAGAGAAGGGGUAGAAAAUGAGGGAUUUAAAGAGGGAAGAGUACGAUGUUCGCUGAUGAUUAUCCGUCCAUCAAUGUACACCUUGAAAAAGAUAUCCUUCGCAAACGACCAUGCCGAUUUUAAUCAAGAGCUGAUCGAUGUUGACGAGCUUUGUUUGAAGGACCCACACGAACACCGUCUCUUGGAAUGUGAGGUGGUGAAUCGGUCGCACUGCCCUCUCAAUGUGGAGAAAAUCUCGAGGAAGAUGCAAGCGGACAAAUGAUAUAUGUACAAUGUACAUAUAAUACGUCUCGAUUUUGACGGACACAACACGUGUCGCUUGUUGAAUAUGUACGUAUGUAUGUAUGUAUGUAUGUAUGUAUGUAUGUAUGUAUGUAUGUAUGUAUGUAUGUAUGUAUGCAUGCAUGCAUGCAUGCAUGCAUGUAUGUAUGUAUGUAUGUAUGUAUGUAUGUAUGUAUGUAUGUAUGUAUGUAUGUAUGUAUGUAUGUAUGUAUGUAUGUAUGUAUGUAUGUAUGUAUGUAUGUAUGUAUGUAUGUAUGUAUGUAUGUAUGUAUGUAUGUAUGUAUGUAUGUAUGUAUGUAUGUAUGUAUGUAUGUAUGUAUGUAUGUAUGUAUGUAUGUAUGUAUGUAUGUAUGUAUGUAUGUAUGUAUGUAUGUAUGUAUGUAUGUAUGUAUGUAUGUAUGUAUGUAUGCAUGCAUGCAUGCAUGAUGUGUGUUUGUUGUGCGUGUGUGCGCGCGCACGAGCGCGUGUUGUGUGUAUGCAUUUAUGUAUUUAUGUAUGCACGUAUGUGUGUUUGUUGUGCGUGUGUGCGCGCGCACGAGCGCGUGUUGUGUGCAUACAUUUAUGUAUAUUUAUGUAUGCACGUAUGUACGUAUGUACGUAUGUAUAUAUGUAUCUGUGUAUGUAUGUACGUAUGAAUAUAUGCAUGUGUAUAUGUAUGAAUAUACAUAUGUACGUAUGUACAUAUUUAUGUGCGUAUGUAUGUAUAUACGUAUGUGCGCAUUUAUGUAUGUAUGUAUGUACGUAUGUAUAUACGAAUGUAAUAUGUAUGUAUAUGCGAUCGAAUGCACCGACGAAUACCCACAUUUUGCGGACCAGAGCCUACCGAUUAGGCAAUUUCUUCGAUCGAUGUUAUAUUAUAUCCUUGUACCUGUAUGCGUAGUAAAGCCGCGCUGAUUUUAUUGUCUUUUCUUGUUAUUAGCGUAUCAAACAACGUUGUUAGUAUAUUGACCGUUGCUAUCGAGAAUACGAUUUUCUAGUGUAUGGAAGAUCGGGAUACAACGAGAAAUAGAUUCAGAUCGAAUUUGCGAUUCGACGCUAAUCUUUACGCUACAUGAUGUCAUGCCGGUGAUAGCGAUGACAAUGACUAUGACAACAGAGACGCUGACGACGAUCGUUUCGAUAAUAUAUUACAAACAUUUUUAUUUCUAUUUAUAUUUCUAUGUCUGUACGUACGUCCAAUAUAUCUGAAAUAAGUUAUCGUUUCAUCCUUGUGUAUGUAUUUUAAAAUCAUAGAAAUUGAUUGUUCAGCGAAUUAUUAUGCUGAUGCGUUGAUAAUAAUUCUCGUUUUUUCUUCAUACAUAUGCAUGUAUAUAUAGGAACUACAAAAUCUCUUGAAAGAAAAUACUUCCUGAAGCAUCGUGUGAUCGCCAAUUUAAGCACCCGAUAAAAACCAAAGCCAUUGUUUUCCAAAAUUCCAUUUCAUCGUAUACUAGUGAUGAAAUAUUAAUAAUGUCCGAGAAAAAAAUGCGACACGUAGAUGAUACGGAAUGCAUGUAAAUCGAUAAAAUAAAGAUAUAGCAUUUUCUCAUUCAUCUAA